GUUCCCCCUCAAGUACCAACUCUAUAAAGGAUACCCGGGUUCUAGGACGCUCCAUAGUCACUGUGAUCAUGCAUCCGCACGGUCUGCUGACGGGAUUCGUGUGCUUGGGCUUGUUCCUGUUCGUUUCGGCCGAAGAGGAGCAACAAGAGGUGCCCAUAAUAAAACAGAUCAAUCGUGUCAACGAAGACGGGACGUACACUUUCGGGUACGAGGCGGCUGAUGGCAGUUUUAAAAUAGAGACCCGCGAUGUCCUCGGUAACGUGAAGGGGAUGUUCGGCUUCAUCGACCAAACCGGCGAGCUGAAGAGGGUCUCGUACUCCGCGAGCAACGGUACUGGCUUCCAGGCGACAAAUUACGGCAGAGAAAGGGAGAGCUCAACAAGAAAACCCGUUUUAGUUUAUCGGGGAAACAAUCACGCCGGGCAGGUCCUCAGAAGAGGGGAGACGACGACGCCGACGUACGAUUACACGAGGACGACGGAAAGGCCCAUCAGAGUCUUGGUGACGAAAAGGCCUUUGGAGAAGUCUCCAAAUUUAAUAAGAAGGCAACUCGACAGAUCGAGAGACAACCAGGACAUCUACACUCCGGGAUCGAACGUCCCGAGGAAUUUCAGGUACCCGCAGAUAAUAGGGCCCGACCCGAGGGAAGUCUACAGGAACAUGCUAUUGGAACAGAGCAAUCUGAAACCGGACUAUCCCAGGGUCCGUUAUUAUACACCCGUUGAGGAAGACUACCCUGAAGUGCCCGCAGUCGUACCCAUGGUUGAUAGAGUUUUGAGCUCGAGGAGAUACAGACCUUCCGUCGUCGACGAACAGGUGUACCCGGUGCCGAGGAGACCGGCUCCUCCCGCGUACAGGCAGCAAUACGAUUACCCUCCCAUAGAUUACGAAGCUCUCAGGGAAGAAAUAAUGAACUAUCUCAUCCAGUACUUGCAGUACAGGACAAGGAGACCAGUGCAGGCACCGUAUUACCAACAGCCGAGAUACGACGAUUACUAUCAACCCCCUCCCGCGCCCUUACCCAGGAUUCCAUAUUACAGGCCGCCGGUCCAGCAGCCACCGCUCCCGUACCCGUACGUCAACACGAACGUCCAGUACUCUCAGCCGGAACAGGUGUCCCAGCAGCAGGAUCAAAUAGCUUUGCUGAAAGAAAGGAUGGAUUCUCACGAUCACAGGGACACGGCUGACACGAGGCCGCCUUCUCCGGGACUCAUCAAGAUGCUCUUGGCCAGACCUUCAACAGUACGGCCGUCCGUUCGCUCCGUUGAAAUCCUUGGCACUGCGGCUUCGACAAGAUCGACACCGACGACGAGAUCAGCACCGACGUCGACCCAAUCGACUGAGCCUAUGGUUGCCGCAAGUUAACGGGCUUCAUAUUUCUUAACUAAUUUAUUGUCAUUUGACUUUCCGUCCUAUUUAUGCCAUCGUAGAAUGUAUAAAUCGAGAGAACAUUUUAUAUUUUUUUAUACGUUUAAUAAAUGUUUAUAUUUUAAACUA